CUGCGCGCGCUGGCUUCGCAACAGCAAUACACACAACACUCGUCUGAUUGGGGUCGCUGUGCGUGCGGUAGGCGGAACCCGGGCCGCUCUUCACAUCCCACUUUUGAGAAGAUUACGCGGACAAUUCAGUGGGAAACACAUGACAUGAACGCAGUUUGGAGGGAAAGCGGACGGAUGUAGUGGGACAGAAGGCAGGUCGACACGCCACGGGUCGAGACGGAGCCGAGCAGCAAGCGGAGGCGAGAUCUGUGUGGAGAUAUUUGGAGUUGGAGGAGGACACUGGUACUUCUCUGAUCCCGGGAAGAAGACAGAAAAUUCCCUCUCAGAGCACCUUUCAAACACUCACACUCGCUUUAUAGACUGACACAUUUCAACAGAUUAUUACAUACACACGCAGGCACUAGAGCAGAUAUGAGUGAGGAUAAACCAGCAGGUACUGUGGAAACUGCCCCAGCUGAGGUGAACGCUAUUCCUAAUGGAAAAGGUCACGAGGAGGAGAGCACAGCAGCGGCCAAAACACCAUCUGCAGAUGCCGGAGAAAAGGAAACUGUACCCAGUAGUGCCCAUAAUGAUAGUCCCCACAGAACUGAGAAUGCAGAGGCCAACCUCCCAGAGAGCCAGGAGUUCUCAUCGGCCAUGGAGGACAAGAAGAACCCUCGCUUUACAGAUUUUGAGGGGAAAACCUCGUUUGGGAUGUCUGUCUUCAACCUUGGAAAUGCGAUCAUGGGAAGUGGAAUCCUAGGACUGGCAUACGCUAUGGCCAACACAGGGGUCGUCCUAUUUUUGGUACUUCUAACAGUGGUGGCAGUCCUUUCGUCAUAUUCCAUCCAUUUACUGCUAAAGUUGUCUGGUAUUGUAGGUAUUCGUGCGUAUGAGCAGCUCGGCUACAGGGCCUUUGGGACCCCGGGGAAGAUGGCGGCGGGUAUUGCCAUCACGCUUCAGAACAUUGGAGCCAUGUCCAGUUACCUGUACAUAGUCAAGUAUGAGUUUCCUUUGGUCAUCCAGGCCUUUCUGAUGGUGGAUGUACCUGCAGGUGAAUGGUACCUGAACGGGAACUACCUCGUGAUCAUUGUAUCUUUUGCAGUAAUAUUACCUUUGGCUCUCAUGAAACAGUUAGGAUACCUGGGAUACACCAGUGGUUUCUCCCUGAGCUGCAUGGUUUUCUUCCUCAUUUCGGUCAUCUACAAGAAGUUCAACACCCCGUGUCCAUUUGUGGACUUUUCAUUCAAUAGCACUGCAUUGAAUGUCAGUGCCAUGGAUCUUGGUGGGGAGCCUAAUCCUGCCUGUAUUCCCAAAAUGGCCAACCUCAACUCACAGACUGCCUACACCAUCCCCAUCCUUGCGUUCGCCUUUGUGUGCCACCCCGAGGUCCUGCCCAUCUACACAGAGCUGCGCAAUCCCACCAAGAAAAAGAUGCAGCAUGUGGCCAACAUCUCCAUUGCAGUCAUGUACAGCAUGUACUUCCUGGCUGCCCUUUUUGGAUACCUAACUUUCUAUGGUGAAGUGGAACCAGAGCUGCUUCACACCUACAGUCGCAUCGACCCGUAUGAUACUUUGAUUUUGUGUGUGCGUGUGGCUGUACUCACUGCUGUCACACUCACUGUACCCAUUGUGCUCUUUCCCGUGCGAAGAGCAAUCCAGCAGAUGGUAUUUCCCAACAAGACCUUCAACUGGCCCCGUCACAUCGCCAUUGCCCUCGUUCUGCUCACUUUCAUCAACCUGCUCGUCAUCUUUGCUCCCAACAUCCUGGGCAUCUUUGGGGUCAUUGGUGCCACAUCUGCCCCUUGUCUCAUCUUCAUAUUCCCUGCUGUCUUCUACAUUCGUAUUGUUCCCGAAGAAGAGGAGCCAAUGCGCUCAUUCCCCAAAGUGCUGGCUGCCUGUUUUGCUGGGAUAGGCUUCCUGUUCAUGAUAAUGAGCGUCAGCUUUAUCAUCAUUGAUUGGACAUCAGGCAACAGCAGCGCCAGCAGUGGUCACUAGGCAACACCUUACAUUUUUUUCAGGUUUUAUAUUGUUGAUUUAGAUCUGUGUUGUGAUGUUUUUACUUUGAAUGAUGUUUGAUGUUGAAUAUGACCUACCUUUUCCAUGAGAAAAUAUUGGCCACAGAGAAGGAGUCAGAAUGGCGCUCAAUUUCUCAAAAAAAGACCUUAGUCUAAUGACGUUACACUGUUCGGUACAUCCUGCCAAACAGUGACUGCAGGAUCCAGGCCGGUCUACUGACUGGAAAAUUGAUAGGUGAAUUUACAAAAUAGGCCAGGUGCAUAAAGAGUAAUGUUGACAUCAGGAGGCUGUGCUUUGUGAGAUGGAUUUAAAAACUAAAUAAGUAACAAUAUAGAAAGCAGCUGUCAUUAUACGCUUGUCCCUGCGUUGGUUGUGAUCAACUGCCAUCCCCGUCUUUCCCUGAAGAUAAUCUACGAUCUGCAACGUGCUACUCAGAUUAAAAUAGACCAUCUGAGGCACCUCCAUUUUAACUGUUGACAAAAAAUCAACUCAAUGAUAGAAAAUUAUUAAUUUAUGAUUUUUACAUCUAUUAUUAUUAUUAUUAUUAUUAUUAUUAUUAUUAUUAAUAUUAUUAUUAUUAAAAUUAUUAUUAAGUUAUUUGAAUUACAUUUUUUGUCACGUUGUGCAGCUGCAGAUGAAAGUGAUGGUACUAUGCUAUUGCACAGAAAGAAAGAUAAGUUAAAGGAAUAGUUCAACAUUUCCGGUAAAUACGCUUGAUUUAUACCACUCUCAAUGCUGUGUACAGUAAAUUUGAAAUUACAGUCAACAACUGGUUAGCUUUGCUUAGCAAAAAGACCAGAAAAUGUUGAACUGUUUCUUCAGUGUGCACCCUUUCGCUCCUACUCCACUUACUUAGUUAUUUUAAGGUUCGGAGUAGUCAACGUUUUCGCCUCCCUCUCAACAGAGCGGGGUGUUAAAUCACACGGACAGUAUGUGGUAAAUUGUUGUGAGCACAUUUAUCAAAAUAUUCCUACACUAUAUGAUCAAGAUGUAUAUUUUUUAUUAUGAAUCACUACUUGAUAAAAAAAAAACUCAGAAGAUGCAGAAUGGACUGAUUAUUCAGGUUAGGUUAAGAUUUUUCAAUGGCUCUUGGGUUUCCAGAUCACCACAGAAAACAAUGCCUUGUGUUUGCAUUUUUUUCCCAGUAUUACUGUGUAAGUGAAAGAAAGAAAUGGUGCUGAAAACCUCAUCAGUUGGAUUGUACAGCUCAAAGUGAUGAAUGAAAUGAAAAGAAAAAAGUCACUACUCAGUGAUUGUAAUGAUCAAGGGAAGAUUUCUUUCCUGAAAGAUGUGUUGUUUCUGAAUAUUUACUGGAAGUAAUCAGAGAUAACCAAAACUAAAAAAACAACAGCAGGGUCACUUGACGAAGUGGUUAGUAACAGUUGGGUGUCUGUAAAUAUUUCUGUGUCCAGCACAAGCUUGAUCCCUAACAGAAAUGACAGACAUGGGAUGGCUGUCUCUUAAACACUAUUGAAAAGUUUGUGGUUAGCAAUAGCACUUUCCGUUGAUAAGCACAACUUCUUGUUGCCAUUAAUAUGUUUAAACACAAGCAAAUGAAAUUCCCAGAUUCGAUAGAUGUGAUUUAAGGGCAUGUCCCUUUUGUAUAACUAAAUCUGGUGAUGUAACCAAUCUAAUGUAGAUUAUGAGCAAUUUAGCAAUGCAUCGAUGGUAUAAUAUGGAUGUCUUCUCAAACAUUACUUGAAAUAAUGUUAAGGUUAGUUUUCCUGUGAGCCCCUGCUACCAUUCAUUUCCUCCUCUGGUCCGUUCUGUAGCUAAAACAACUAAUCCGUUGGAUGUACUGGUGUCCGUGUUGUUUAAAAAAAGAAAACAUGGCUCCACUGUAUUUGAACUAUCGUACCUAUAAGCAUUAGUGUUGAUAAACCUGGACCUAUACUCUGAUCAAGUAUAAUUCUAGUGUUCAUCUCCUGUCAUUGAUAGAUUAACUGUUGUUUUCAACUUCAUGUUUAAUGUUUAUUGGGUUGAAUAUGAUCCAGUGAUCAAAUACAAAUCUUGUUAAGGUUUGAUUUUAUGUGGGUUUCUUUUCUUAUUUGUUUUUAUAGUCAGUGGCAUAUCAUCAGUGGUACAGUUUGUGUUGUUUCUGACUUCCUUUCUCAACUCUGAGAUGUUUGUAAUCUGGUGUACUAGCAUAUAUUCCAAUAUAUUUUUUUAUGAUCAACUCUGUUACACCAGACAGCAGUGAGUGCUGUGCGGGUAAGUCAGUACUAUCCAGUCAAUUGGUUAAACAACAAACCUCUUUUAAUCUCUUUUUUCCAUUGUAUCUAAUUAUUUGGUUGUCUUGAUGUAACUAUGCAGAGGGAAUCAUGUGAAUCAGCCAAUGGGGCAUAACAUAGUGUUUGGUGUUGUUUAACCAAUGCAAGGGUUAUAUUUAUCCCUGACUUCCUGUUCCCGAUUUGACCUUGUUAAGUUUUGCAAUGGUGCAGACGUAAAACCAUUUCAAAAAACCUCACAACAUUGAAAUAAACAUGAGGCAACAAAGUGAGGGGACACUGUGUUAGUGGCUGAUACAAGAUGAUCUCUAAUGACCUCUAUUUAGACUCAGUGUUGUUAGUCUCCCUCUUUGUGUGAUUUAUUGAAAUGUGUAUGAUUGAAUAGUAACAUUAAAUAUUGACAUCGGCCAGCAUUUAUAAAUAUUGUAUAUAAAUGUAUACCCUUUAUAUUCGAUAUGCAUAUCUAGUUUGUACAAUGUAGAUAGCUAUUAAAGUUUUAGUGCAAUAAAUAAUAUAAAUGUAAUCAUUUUCAAAGUGCUUUUAAAUUUCUUUGUCCUUCAUUUUAUGUCGAUGUUCUUGUAUCUCUUUAUAUUUUAAUAUUAUGCUGGCAGGUAUUGUACUGUAAACAAUGUUGCAAUAA